CUUAAAGAAGGUACUUUAGCUCUUUUAUCCCCUGUCGCGCCCGACCUCUGCUUUCUUUGCUCUCUUUUCUUCAUUUUUUUCCACACAUCGAUCCAUCUAUACAUCUUUGCCCAUACAUGGUUGUUUACAAAGCUACCAAGUAUAACACAAUUGAGCCACUGCCUGACCUGGACGUGUACACGUUCCUGUUCAAGCCAAACGAAUUUAACUUAAAGUUCCCUGCAGACCGCAAGGUUGUGAUUGAUGGCCAUACCGGACGCUCAUUAACGCAUAGUCAAGUGCGUGAUUUGUCGAGUCGCAUGGCAGCUGGAUGGGUCAAUAAGGUGGGCCUGAAAAAGGGCGAUAUCGUUGCAUCUUUUGCUCCCAAUCAAUAUGAUCAUAUUGUUGUGUAUCUUUCGUUACUCGCCGCUAAAUGCACCGUAACACCUGGAAACCCCAUGUAUACAGAAGCCGAAUUUCAACAUCAGAUCUCAAAUAGUGGGGCCAAGGCAUUGAUUACAGUCCCAGAGCUAUUACCGGUGCUCCUCAAAGUGUGUGCACGAGUCGGUAUUCCCAAAGACAGGAUUUUCUUGUAUGGGGAAAAGGAUCAUGAUGGAUUAAAGUCAGUUUACUCCGUCAUGGCGUCAGUACCGGAAGGUCGGCAUAUCGAAUACCCAGUACAAGGCUUGAGCUCCAAAGAGGAUGUCGCCUUUAUUUGUUACUCAAGUGGCACGACAGGGCUCGCCAAAGGCGUCAUGCUGACCCAUCAAAACUUAAUUGCGCAAGCGUUGAUUACUAUGGAAACGGACAAGCAUGCACAUAAUGAGCUUGAUAUGACAUUGUGUUUUCUACCCUUGUAUCAUAUUUAUGGGUUGACGGUGCUUUGUUUCAAUGCUUUUUAUAAGCUGCUACCUGUCGUCAUCAUUCCCAAAUUUGAGCUCAAAACUUAUUUGGAGUUAGUUCAAAAGUAUCGUAUCACGCUGCUUAGCAUUGUCCCUCCUGUUGCCGUCCAACUUGCCAAGGAUCCCUUGGUACUGAAGUAUGAUUUAACGUCGGUCAGGAUCAUCCAAUGUGGUGCUGCUCCUCUCGGCAAAGAACAUACAGAUAACUUAUUGUCGCGAAUCCCUGGAUAUCUAAUUCAAUCGUAUGGAAUGACGGAAACUACAAGUGCUAUCAUACAAUCAGGCUACGAUGGUACUGCUAUUGGUUCCGUAGGCAUUGUCUGUCCUAGUGUUGAAUGCAAAAUUGUGGAUGAACAAGGGAACGAGCUUGGCGAUGACCAAGAAGGAGAAAUAUUGGUCAGAGGUCCCUCUAUCAUGAAGGGCUACUAUAACAACCCGGAGGCAAACGCCAAAACGUUCACCAAAGACGGAUGGAUGAAAACAGGAGAUGUCGUCAAGUUCGAUAGCGCCAAACAAGAGUUCUUCGUGAUGGACCGUUUAAAAGAGUUGAUUAAGGUCAAAGGAUUUCAGGUUGCUCCAGCUGAACUCGAAUCUUUACUAUUGGGCAUGUCAGAAGUGAAUGACUGCUGUGUUAUUGGCGUUUAUAGCUCGGAAGAAGCCACAGAGUAUCCACGGGCCUAUGUAGUGCGCUCGUCCAUCACGGCAAAGGAUGAUGAUGCUACGCUUGCAAAGAGAAUUGAAGAAUUUGUGGCUAAAAACGUAACGGGUUACAAGAAAUUGCGCGGUGGAGUCUAUUUCCUAGAUCAAAUCCCCAAGAGCCCAAGUGGCAAGAUAUUACGUAGACGUAUUAGAGAGUUGGCAAAGGAACAAGAUAAGGCCGAAAAGCUUCCUGCCAAACUGUAGCUAUACUAUUAGGCUACUAGACAUUCAAUAAUAAAGGGUACAGAGCAAUGUAUCGGUUGACGCGUUUAAAGCAUCCUAACUGCAGCUGUUGCUGCUGGCUAUGUUAAGCGGGAUAUAUCAGUACUCAAAAUUGGUCGGUCGGAAGAAAAAAUUUUUUGUGGCGGGGGACGUUUUAAUGUUG